AUAAACCCCGCAAUAUCCCACUGGUGCUCCUCCCGCCCCGCCACGCGUCUCGCUUCUCCCUUAGUGCUUCACAAGUGGAGGAAAAAAUUAAGGAUAUCCUGUGGCAUGUUUCAGCGGGCGGCGAAACGAGACUGAUAACCUUUUGACGUCUUACCUAGUGUGAAAAGUGUCCCCGGCGCGGAGGACGGAGUGCGGCGAGGCAAGGGAGGCUGGCCCGAGCUACAGCCGCCGUGACCUCCUCGUCGGGUGGGCGCCUCAGGGUUGUGAGGGAGAGGAAGUUUGGGUGACAUAUGGUCCUCAUUCAGCGCUCAGCGUCAAGGAUUAUCUCCCCACCAAAGACACACAACAUGACUCAACUUGACUACAAAACAGAGAAAGAAAGUUAAAGAGAACAAGGAAAUAGACAAAAAAAGACGAUAAAUAAGAGAAACACCAAAACGGAGAAACUUAAAGUGAAGAUGUGAUUGAAAGAACAACAAAUAAAAGAGAAAAACACACCAAUACAGGAACAAAUAACUGCACCAAGUGAGAAUAGAAAGAAAAAUGUAUUAAACGCAUGAAGGUCUUGCCAUUUCAAAGGAGAGACUGAAAAUAAACAACACAGGUAGAGAGAGUGAUUACACCUGGGUUACCUGAGAGCUGCAGUACAGGUGUGUGGACCGUCACCUCUCGUCCCUCACCUGCCAGCCAACGAGACACACCACCACCCAUCAUUACAUCUAUUACUAACGAGGCAACCAUGUGGAGAGAGCAGAGUCGCCUGCUGUUCCUGCUGCUGCUCCUGCUGCUGCUGACCGCCUGCACCCCCGCUACUGGCGGGCGGACGGGCGAGGGAGAUGCAAUCAAUACCGGGCAAGGAGAGGAGCCGCCCCCGCCCCAAGGCCGAAGCCGCCCGCUGCUGGUCACGCCCCUCCGCGCCCAGAAUGAAGUGCCGAGAGUAAAUGCAUUACAGGGCAGAGCACAGCUUGAGGGCACGGCGCCCACCACGCCCCGCGCAUCACAGUCUUCCACUUCACUGCAAUUCUUCCAUUCGUCUUCCUUCCACCACACCCAGGCGGGCGUCUCAGCAGGCUCAGCCUUCCGGGGACCGCAGGGACACCAAGGGCCCUCCACCACACCUGCGGCGGUGCUCUACGGACACACGGAAAGAGGCAGUAUACUAAACCUUCCUCCCUCGGCUCCUCUUCCCCCUUUGAGGCCGCUGUGGCCAGACCCGCCCCCCUCCACGCCGCCACCCACACCCCCCACGGCGUCGCUCCCAACACUUCCCGUUCCAAAGAGAAUAUCUCAGCCGCGCCAGGAAGCCCCGAACGGACGCCGGAAACACCGACGAGUGCUCAAGACCACCACCGGCGUCACCUCUGGCGGCAGAGGGCGCCGCUUCCCAGUCCCACGAGAAGACACCCCUGGGGAGCUGGGGUUGUCCCCCAGUACGUUCAGGCAAGCGGGAGGCGACAGGGCGUUCCUCGGAGAGUACAAAGCGUUGUGGCAGGACGAGGGCAGCCGGUACAUGGGUCUGCCAGAAGAAUCCGCUGAGGAUAUUGAAGAUCCUCUGGACGAGGCCCUGUUGGCGGAGAGGCUGUGGAACGCCACGGAGCGUCCUGCGCGGCCCUCAGCCUUGCACUCUGAGGACAAUCAGAACAAGAAACCGGCAAGAGAUUUUCCAAGUGAAUGGGUUGUGGAGGGAGAGUCAAUAGAGGAAGCCUCGGAGGGGCUCCCAGACUCCCAAUCAAGGGGGGCCGCGGUGGAGGACGGAGGGAGGAGCGGCACCCAGCCAGACACUGAUCACCAGGAAAUGACUCCCUUUCCCGGAGAUUCGACAGAAGGCGGCAUGAACGGCACACGAGUGGGCGGCGGUCCUCCAGUGGAUCUGGACGCCCUGGAACUGGAGCUGGCGGCCAAGGAGGAGGAGGCCACCAGCGACCUGCUGCUGGCGAUCUCCAUCCUGCAGCACCACGACCUCGCCUCGGACGGGGAAGGCGACCAGAUUGUUAACGCCACAGACGGGGCGGGCGGCCGUGCCAGACCCACCACAAAGUCUGCACGAAGCAGAAGUCGCCCAACACUUUCGCCUCGAAAAGAAACCAACAAAUUUAACAUCGAAAUAUUUGACACCAUCUCCCCGGAGUCCGAAGAGGUGGUGGGGGAAGUGGAAGAAGUGGGGCCGCCGCCCGAGCCCCAAGAGGUGGUGCGGCACGACAGCAGGCCCCUCACAGCCGCCGCGUCCAGGUACCGCUGGUUCGUGCUGGUGCUGGGGAACUGUUCAGUCAUCAAGCAGCGCAUGUCAGCCUUCGUCACCUUCCUGAAGGCGGCGCUGUCCUCCAAGCUGUCGGUGGACUACGAGGACGUGUUCGUGCCAUCAGUGUUCUGCGACAAGACCUUCAUGGUGAACAUCAGCCUGGACACGCUUAAGAACCCCGAGGUGGAGCGGCGGCUGCGCACACUGGCGGAGGCCAACACCACACUGCUGGAGAUCUCGCAAGAAAUCUUUUACUUGGAAAAGAUUCUCACCAAGAGGUCCUCGGGUGAGAAGCAUCACGUGCACGCCGCUGUGAAGAAGCCAGACGACAUGGAGCUGGUUAUCUACAUCGCCGUGGGCUGCAUGUGUGUGUUCAUCCUGCUGUCCGUGGUGGUGGUAGUGCUGAUCCGCGUGUGCCGCCAGGAAGGGGACUACCUGGACACGGGCAAGCCACACCUACACCACAUCAUCCCCCGAUCCCUGGACUUCCCCAUCAGGAGGCCCAACGUCAUCUACUCGCAAAGGUUCAGCCAGGCUCUGACGCCGGGCAAGUGCGGGCGACAGAUGGAGGAAGAGGCGCCGGCUGGUGGUGGCGGAGUGGGAUUUGUGGCGGUGGUGGCCGUGGGAGCUGGCCGCGGUUCCUACCUCAGAUACGACCCGGAGAUUGGUGGAUGCGGCGGCGACGUAUACAGCAUCGGGGCCCUGGCGGACGACCCCUACCACGACCGGCGGGCCCUUGUACCUGCUAGGAAGCGAAUCACACAUGUCCCUGGCGAGGAUGUCAUCAUCGAGGAGGACCUGAUAGAGGAGGAGGAGGAAGAGGAGGUGGAGGAGGAGGAGGACGGUGAGGACGAGGAAGAGGAAGAGGAAGUUGAGGAUUUGAGAAGGCGAAGACGAAGACACCACCUUCAAGAGGACGAGGCGGAGAUUCUGGGCGAGCACCUACACGACGAAGAGGAAGAGGAGGACGAGUCACAAAUCCCACCACGAGAACAAAUCCGGCCCAUUGCCACCACAGGCUCCAAGGGCAUCGUCAGGACAGUACUGGGGAAGGGGCGGCGUGGGGGAGACAUGUGCAAGGCCAGGGGGGCAGAGGGGGCGGGGCUGGGGGCGGGGGGGAAGAGGGGAGUAUUUUCGGGUCUUGACAAUCCGUGUUAUAACAGAUGAUGCGACUCCCACGCGUCUCCUGUUGAGGCUGCCCCCGCCAAGCACUGAGGGGGCGAUGGCUGGCGCUCUCUCUCUCUCUCUCUCUCUCUCUCUCUCUCUCUCUCUCUCUCUCUCUCUCUCUCUCUCUCAUAU